CAUAGAACAGUAAGCGAGUCUAGUAAGGACCUCCCGAGUCAAAGCUAUGAUGAGCUAGCCGGUCAAAGAAUCACCAUUUUUUUCAGAUCCGCCUUCAAUCCUUUUACACACGCUCUCGCAGCAGUGUUCAACGAAGAUUUGGUGGACUCAUGGGGUACUGGCUUUGCAAUUAACGGCGUGAACAACCACGAUCUUCAAGUUCGGCGUAAUUUCGACCAAUUUGCUGAUGUGCCACUAGAUCGCAACGAUGGAAUGCAUCAACCGUUCCUAACGGCAUUCUCUGUCGGCUCCGAGUAUGAUUACUCCAAGAUAAAAGAAAUAUCAGGUCACUUAGAUCUCCCGAUUCCUGGCGUUAACGAGUUGUUCGAUUUUGAUGGACGACUGAUGGUGAAGGGAAAUGGUAAUGGUAUCUUGAACAGCGCCAUGGAAUUCCCGUUAACGUUAUCUGAUCCAACAUUGAACGUGCUCCUACACGUUCAAAUAUCUCAAUUUCAUGGCUGA